AGUUAGCCAGCCCAAGUCGAAGACCGCUACCACAAACAUGUUCCUGCAGAUUGUCACUUUGCUAGCCCUGUUGGCCAUCACGAAUGGCGCAGUCAUCCCCCUGGGUCUGGAACCCCAAUCUCCGCAGGAUGGCAGGAUCGUAGGCGGCACAGCCACUUCGAUUGAGGAACAUCCCUGGCAGGUUUCCCUUCAGCGUUCCGGAGCGCAUUUCUGCGGAGGGUCAAUCAUCAGCAGCAACAUCAUUGUGACCGCCGCCCACUGCCUGGACUCCCCAACCACGGUGUCCAACCUCCAGAUCAGAGCGGGAUCCAACAAGCGAACCUACGGAGGCGUUCUCAUCCAGGUCGCUGCCAUGAAGGCGCACGAGGGAUACAACUACCAGACCAAGGUCAACGAUAUCGGUGUGGUGCGCCUGCAGUCGUCGCUGACCUUUGGCUCCACCAUCAAGGCCAUUGCGAUGGCUACUGCGACGCCAGCCCACGGAUCAGCGGCCAGCAUCUCGGGCUGGGGCAAGACCUCCUACUCCGGCGGCUCCUCCUCGGCGACGCUGCUCUAUGCGAACACCAAAAUAGUGGGGCGUUCGCAGUGCGCCAGCUCCACGUACGGAUACGGUUCCUCCGUCAUGGCGACCAUGAUCUGUGCAGCGGCGGCGAACACGGAUGCUUGCCAGGGCGACUCUGGCGGGCCUCUGGUAUCCGGAGGCCAACUGGUGGGCAUCGUCUCCUGGGGACGGGAGUGCGCCCUCGCCAAUUAUCCCGGCGUUUUCGCCAACGUGGCCGAACUGCGGGAUUGGGUCCUCCAGGCCCAGAAGACUGUCUAGCUUAAGUUAAGAGCAAUAAAAACCAACUCGUAGAUGUAA